AUGCAUCACAGGUCAUCAUCAGGGAAGGUGAGCCCAGAAAGCAUUCGCUCCAAGGCAUCACUAUCGGAAACAUCUGAAGACAGUCAUGACCCGUGUGGCAUGAAGCCAUCCUCGAGCCCAGGGAGGAAAGAAGAGUUGUCUUUGUACAAGAAGACCAAAAGAGCAAUAACAAGCAAAAAGUACGGCCUGAAGCAUGACCCCGAAGCUAUCACACCAAUUGAGCUCAUAAGUCGAGGUCCAGACGGUCGGUUUGUAAUUGAUCCAACCGAUAUGGAAAUGUCCAUUAAACCACGACGCAUUGAAGGAUUCCCUUUUGUGGAAGAAUCUGACCUUUAUCCUGAAUUCCGGCAGUCAGAUGAAGAGAAUGAUGACCCAAGGCCUUUGCCUCCCGCUAUGGCCACUUUACGGCCUCACCAGAUCUCCCCUAUCUCUAGUCAGGAGUCCUACCUGCAGCCUCCAGCCUAUAGUCCUCGCUUCCACAGGCCCUACGAAGGUAUGACUAUCAUGGAGAGCAGUCGUCUACAGGCUACAGGGCAGAUCCGAGGUUCUCUUCACCACCACAGGGCUUUCUAUGGCUAUCUAGGCCCUCCAGGGGAUCAUGAGCCGCCACCUCCUUUUUAUAUGCCUGACACCAGCCCUCUUAGCUCUGUCAUUUCCUCCCCUCCAUACCUGGCUGAGGGACCAUUUGGUCACCAUAUGAUUCCUGAGGAGAUGGGAGAGGGUUCCCCUGAGAUUGUAGUCCGUCCAAGACCGCGUCCCAACUUUGUGCAACCAGCUAUACCUCCGGAGAUGACUGAGAUUACCCUCCUCCCUCCUUCCACAGCCAGCUUCUCAAGAAGAUCUUCCCCCUCCUCCUCACCUGCCCUAGGCCAGGGGGGUAGGAGAGCCAGUCCCAGCUAUCGCUCGCAUCUGGCUUUUGCCACCUCUGCUGCUAGCUACCCAGCCUCCCAGUCCCCAUCUCCUCCUUUGGAAAGCAGCAUUAUAUUUGGGCCAUUAUCAUCCCAGAGGAGGACUGACGGAGAGAUACUUCCAUCAGAGUCCUCUCCACCCCAGUUGUCCAAUUCAGGAAAACGCCGAGGUGCAAUGAGCGCCCUAUCAGGGUCUGAGAGGAUGGAUGCACUGAUAUACCAACGGAUGAAAAAGGCCAAGAAGAUGACCAUGAACAACAAUAACUCCAAGCUGAGAAAAAAAACAGGUGUUUCCACCUCUCAGACCCAUCAGGCCUACACCUCUCAGGUACUCCAGCCCGAAGAAGCUCUCUACCUCCGGAAGAAAAAGAAACGGCCCCUCCUUUCUGACCCGUACACACGCUUCUCUGCCCUGCUUUACCGCCGGCCACAGCAUGAGGACCAGAAAUCCAUCCUGGCCUGUAUGGAUCACAUAGACCCUGACCACGCCGCUCUGCUCUAA